CCCUCCCUCCCUCCCGCCGGCCGCGUCGUCCCGGCGUGCAGUUGCUGCCCGGCGGCUGCGGGGACAGGCAGCAUCAUAAUAUCUUAAUCAAGUGAAAAUGGCCUUUAGCAACCUGACAUCAAAGGCUGUACUACUGUAUGAUGAAUGGAUUAAAGAUGCUGAUCCAAGACUGGAAGGCUGGCCACUCAUGUCUUCACCUUUUCCAACAACCUUUAUCAUCGGAACCUACAUUUAUUUUGUCACUUCCUUGGGACCCAAACUUAUGGAAAAUAAAAAACCGUUUGAACUCAGGCAGAUAAUGGUGUUUUAUAAUUUUAGUGUGGUAGCCCUUUCUUUAUAUAUGACUUAUGAAUUUCUUAUGUCAGGUUGGGCCACAGGGUACUCAUUCCGGUGCGAUAUCGUUGACUACUCGAGGUCACCUACAGCUCUAAGAAUGGUACGAACUUGUUGGCUUUACUACUUUUCCAAGUUCAUUGAAUUAUUAGACACUAUAUUUUUUGUGCUGCGUAAGAAAAACAACCAAGUUACAUUCCUGCAUGUCUUUCAUCAUUCCAUCAUGCCAUGGACCUGGUGGUUUGGAGUCAAAUUUGCUGCAGGUGGUUUAGGAACAUUUCAUGCUUUGCUGAACUGUAUUGUCCAUGUUGUCAUGUACACUUAUUAUGGAAUCUGUUCUUUGGGACCAGCCUAUCACAAAUAUUUGUGGUGGAAAAAAUACAUGACAAGUAUACAACUUGUCCAGUUUAUUAUGAUUACAGCCCAUAUAGGACAAAUCUACAUCAUGGAUGAUUGUCCGUACCAGUACCCAAUUUUCAUGUUUAUUAUUUGGCUGUAUGGCUCUAUGUUUUUAGUCUUGUUCCUCCACUUCUGGUACCACGCCUACACCAAGGGACAAAGACUACCAAAGAUGGCAAGAAAUGGGAUCAGCAAAGAUCAGUGAAACAAACUCUUGUCUCUAAAACCAAAAAAGUGUAUGUCAAAGUGGAAACUUGCACUACUUGACAAUCAAGAUAUUUAGGUGCACACACUACACGGUGUAUAUUUUAUAUGUUUUCUUCCAAAACAGAAUUUGUAUUUUUACCGUAAGUUAUUUGGGAUUCAGAAUUUGGGGGGCGGGGGGAGCAGCAUGGAUCUCUGAUUAAAAGAAAAAAAGGCAUUUUUUCAGCAACUUGUUCAUGUCUAUCCUGUAAGAAAUCAAUGGAUAGAUGAUCUCUUCUCUAGAAGGUGCAUGAAAAUAAAGAUAUUCACUGGGAAAAUUAAAAUGUGUAUGACAAGUACUGAGUACUUUGAACACUGAGAGGAAAAAAUUACUUCACUUUAAAUGUUAUAAAUUGCUGAGACUGUCAGCGGUAUUUUAUUAAAAGAAUGAAUCUUCAAUAAGUACUGUUUAUAGAAUCUGAAGCUUAUUACUAAUAUAGUUAAUACAUAAACAUUGUUACAUGUGUUUACAAACUAUAUUACUUUAAAGAAAGGAAUGGAUGUUAAUCUGUCAAGGUAUGGUGUUUCAUUUGAAGAUCACAGAUUUUUGGAUAUGCUAUCUUUUACUAAGAUAACUUACUUCAUUUCAUGUUCUACUCACUUGAACAUUAUUCUGAAUGUUGGGAACCUACUAAUUUGAGGAUUAUCCAAACUGUCUUGUAGUGUAAUGAUCAAAACCUCUUACUGAUUUGUUCGCCAAAGUAGCCUAAUAUACUUAUUCAAUGUAUCCAUGGAUAUAUUUUGAUAUUGGUAGCCUAGGCUGUUUAGGAGGGGGGGGGGGGGAAAUCUUGUAAUUCAAUAGUCAAAAUCUUAGUCCUCAAAUAAGUUUAAAAAAAAUAUUUUUUGAUUGAAGCCAAAAUGUCACCUAGCAUGAUGGUACUGUGCUCUAUUUUCUUCCAUUUUCAUUAUCUAUUGAAAUACAUGCCUAGAAAGUUUUUCUCUUGGUUUCUUUAAUGAUUGUUUUUGUUUGUCUUUACCAACUUAAGGUUAAAGUUUCUCCAUUAACAGCACCAGUUACCUUGUCCAGAACUAGGCAAAAAGAUAUGUGCUGUUCUCUGAGCUGCUGAGCGUGGGGCAGGCAGUGGCGACUGGGCAUGACUCCAGUCCAUGUAGAAUUAACCACUAUGUUGUUUUCCAUGGUUAGGCAGUUGUUAGGGUCACACAUGUAUAGAAAUCAAAGGACCUAGCUAUUUGUAUGCAAGCUGCAUUUGUACUGUAUGAGCUUAUUAAGGAAUUGGUGCAUGCAACAGACCUGUAAAUGAGGAGUUAAAGGUGUUUCAAUUAACGUUACCUUUAAAAGUACUGUCCUCUGUUAUGUUUACUACUAACAGAAGAGAAGCUCGUGAUACUUGCUUUGUGCUUGAUCUGAUUUGUGGGAUUUUCAAAUACCCCAGACUUUGGGGCAGGUUUUAAUUGCCUGCCUGUUGUACCAUUCCAAGAAAGUAAGUUAUGUUACCUGAAUACUUUUAUGGGAAUACUGACAUUUAUGGUGCAUUGUUAAUGCUAAAAGAAUUUAUCUUGGACAUGAGUUGCAAAUUAUUUUUUAUGAGAUUACAUACAAGUCUUCUUUA